GUCGGCCGUAGUUUCUCACUUAUUGAAAUUUUUCGGUUGCAAAACCUCGAGUAAGAAAAAGGCUUCUUCGGUUGAUUUGUUUGUGAUUCUGCUUGGAUUGUUGACCAUCGGGUCAAACGUAGCAAAUUCGUGCGAGAGCUUUCGGUUGCCAUCACGUGCCUUUCUCCACUGUUCUGUACAGGGACCCGAAGGACCUCCACCCAUUUACUAUGAAUACCCUGUCCUAGUAGGUUGCACUGAUCAAGACAAGCUACUCCUCUCGUAUCAAUAAUAUCUUUUUGUUCUCAUUCCCGCUCGUCUUUAUGCUCGCAGUUUGAAAGUACCUUCGCGAAAAAUACAGGCGUGCCCGCUGCCACUGUACUCUUGUCCAUCCCGAGUUCUUUGGUCUACUACAGGUGCAGUGAUUUUACCGAGCCUUGCUUCAUUUUCGAUCCACAUAUCUCGCAAUCUACCCACCUACUCACAAUCAACAUGGCGAAAAUUAUUGACCUAAUCCGUGAGGAUGACGAGCCGGACCGGCCGUUUUUCUCUUUUGAAUUCUUCCCGCCGAAAACCGACAUCGGGACGGUGAACCUGUACGAGCGGAUUGAGCGCAUGAGCCGCGUGAAUCCGCUGUGGAUAGAUGUGACCUGGAAGCCGGAGACGAAGGGCCAAACCCUGGAGAUAUGCCGCAUCGCCUCGCAUAUCAAAUGUAAAAAUGUCUGGGUCUGGAAGAUUGCCAGGUUUGUCAUGCACAUUUUGCAUGACUUCUGAUGUCUGUGAUGCAUGCCCUAGCAUCACAUAUUUUGUGAGGGCUUCCUGAUGCCUAUACCGCAUGACAAAUGCUCUUUCCGUGUAGCAAAACUUGGACUCUCUUUGCUGCUCAUGCAAUACACCUUUUUUUAGAAUCCAAAAUCAGCAUGACAAGUUGGAUUCUUCCAGACCCAGACAUAUUUACAGUUGAUAUCGCAGUUCUACGGCGUGAAUGUCAUGAUGCACUUGACGUGCGCCAACGCCACGAAGCGGAGCAUUCGGAGGGCCUUGGAGUGCUGCAAGCAGGCAGGCAUAAAGAACCUUUUAGCCUUAAGAGGAGAUCUGGCGCCGACCGAUGAGGGCACAACUAGUCCGAGCACCAGCGGGCCGGGACCCGUGGGAAGCGUAAACAGUUCAAUUCCAUCCACAACUGGACAGGGGAAUGAUGACUUUCAAAAACUGAAGGGAGAAAGAGAAUUGUCUGUGAACGACCUAUCGGAUUGCAGCUCGUCUGAGGAACGUACGGCCGCGAAAGACAAAGGUAUUACAGCGACACAAAAACCUGAUUUCGAGCACGCCGUCGACCUGGUUCGCUUUAUCCGCGAGGAGGAGGGGAAUUACUUCUGCAUUGCGGUGGCAGGCUACCCGGAAGGGCACCUGGAGGCGGCGUCGUUUGAGCAAGAUAUGAAGUUCUUGAAGGAAAAAAUCGACGCCGGCGCGGACUUUGUCGUCACUCAGCUUUUCUACGAGGUGUCUGCGUUCGUGAAAUUUGUGCGGGCCCUACGGAAAAUAGGCGUGGACACGGAGGAGACGCCGGUGCUACCGGGCAUCAUGCCCAUCCAGUCCUACAACGGCUUUUGCCGGAUGACGGAAAACUGCAAGACGCAGGUGCCGGACGACAUCGUGCAGGAGCUAGAACUGAUUAAGGAUAACGAUCAAAUGGUAUCAACAGGAUUAUUUCAGUAAUUUUUUUUUUUGUAAUGUAUGUUUGUAGAAAGAUGUAGUUGAGGACGCAUAGAUGAGCACAACUCGCUCUGAUGAUAAUUGAGCAACAAGAGUAGUGAGGUAGCGAAAAUUAUGCGAUACUUUAUUGUUCAUUACAUUUGCAACCAGGUAAAAAACUUCGGUGUGGAGCAGUGCAUCAAAAUGUGCACGGAGCUUUUGACUAAGAACCCAGACGUGAAGCCACGGGGGCUGCAUUUCUACACGCUAAACCUCGAAACGGCAGUUUUGCGCGUGAUCAACGGCAUGGAGCUGUUUGACUGGUGGAGAAACAAUCGCAAGCUGCCCUGGCGACCGGGCUUCCGCUCCAGCGGGAACUUGUGUACCAGCAGUGGCCAUGGCAAUACCGCUGGCUCAACGUCAAAUGCAAGUCCCGGAGGACAACAUCAUCAAAAUCAAAAUGACCGCGACGUUAUUUCCCAGUCGCCGCCCGCAGACCACGCAACGAAGCUGCACCACCAGACGUCCAACGAGGAGUCUGUGCGGCCGAUUUUUUGGGCCAACCGACCGCAAUCGUACCUGUACCGCACCGCGUCCUGGGACGACUUUCCGAACGGCCGGUUCGGGAACAAGGACAGUCCGGCUUACGGGGAUUUCUCCACGCAGUUCGUCAGUUACAGCAAGGAGUCGCUGACCAAAGUGCGGCAGGACCGGCGGAACAUGUGGGGCGAGGAGUUGAGCAACGGGCUGAAGUCCAUCGCGACGGUGUUCGUCAAGUUUCUGCAGAACGACCCAAAAGUGAAGAAGCUGCCCUGGAACACCGAGGCGCCGACCAAGGAAACCAAUUUUAUCCUCCCCCAGCUGUGCAAGCUCAACUUGCUCGAGAUUUUCACGAUCAACAGCCAGCCGCGCGUGAACGCCACGCUAUCCAACGACCCCUUCGUCGGGUGGGGUCCGCCGGGCGGCUUUGUUUACCAGAAGGGGUACAUCGAGUUCUUCAUCUCGCCGACGAAUCUUCACUACUUGCUGGAAAAAAUUGACGAGGAAAAGCUAAAGUCGUGGCGGUACACCGCGAUAAACCGGUCCGGAUCGAAAAAGUACACGAACAACAGCAGCAACACGAUUUGCGCCAUCACCUGGGGCGUUUUCCCCUCGUCCGAGGUGAUCCAGCCCACGGUGUGCGACGAUGUAAGCUUCGAGGCCUGGAAGGACGAAGCCUUCGAGCUGUGGGACCUGUGGAGCAGCAUCUACCCGGAAAACUCGCCGAGCAAACUGCUCAUUAGUCAGACGAUCAAGCAGACCUGGUUUCUGAUGAACAUCGUCGACAACGACUUCGUCUCCGGGGACCUGUUUUCGACCCUAGUGGAACUGAUGGACGCGAACGCAGCCAAGGCGUGGAGACAAAACUGCGUCGUCAGUAACCCGUCCAGUACCUCCAGCACAACGAGCUCCACGUACACGACAUCCAAACGGUAGGGGGGACGAACGAAUCAGGUCCAAGAUCCACAUCUACUUACAACUGUGUUAGACAUGUCACCGGGUCGUGGCUCUCUUACUACCGUGGUACGUAUGAGAGAUUGAUUUGUUGUAGUCGAGGAGCGUAUCAUCUUCAAUUAGACCUCCUACAACAGCUAACACAUGACACACAGAAUUGUAUUCCAGAAAGAGAAAAUUAAGCUCAAACACUAUCGGAACUUCUGCGAGAGUCGAUGGCUCUUCCACGAUUCAGCUGACAACGGCGUGUUCGUUUAUCGACUUUUACUUGCAGAGGUACUGUCAGUCUUACUGUUUAGAAAAACGCGGCAGC